AGUGUACCCAACUCAUCACCCAACCACUUGGAACAUAAAAGUAUUUCGCUUCUCUCAUUCCUUCAAAUUGCAGUGAUUUCGCUUGUGGAAUUGCUAGGUUAUGUAGUAUUAUUCCUAAUUAUUACUUAAAUUUUGUUUGGAAAAUGUUGAAUUCUCAGCUAUUUCUCAAAAGGUACAACAGUUUGCACAUCACCCCUAAAAUAAACUCAUUCAUUCAAAGACUAUUCUCUGCCGAAGCUGAAGAAAAAAUAGAGAUACCGAAGCGAAUUCACAGAGGCCCGACCGAUAUCCUAAGAGCUCUCGAAGCAACUAUCUCACGAGAUCCAACAGCUGCCCAUUACAAGUAUCACGAUGACCCAUACCUCAUACCAAUGUCCAAUAUGGGUAAAAGAACAUUUGCAAUGGCUCAGGAAUCUGGAAGAAAAGCUGCUCACUGGAUCAGAAAGGAGCAUGCUGACCUGUUCAAUCAUAGAGAGGCUGAUCCAGUUAUAAAAGCCUUUUUACCAGUGGUUUCGUUCAAUGAGCAAAGUGAUAUUACCGAGGACAACUUGAAGCAAGUUAUAGAUGAUGUAUUAGUUUCUGAAGCACAGUUGGCUUAUAAACUGCUAAAAGACAAAGGCGUUGAUAUAUCUGAAGAGACAAGACAAGCGCUUCUAGAGUUAUUAUGUUAUACUAAUGAUACAGAUAUACUGUCGGAAGAGUUUAUUGAAGAGAGGUGGUUCAGGCAAACUACAAAAUCCAAAGAGAAGCAAAGAAAAAUAUGGAAAGACAAUAGCCUAGCAGAAGAGAUAUUCAUAAGCAUUGAAAAUCCAACAGCAGAAACAUAUUCUGCAAUGAUACAAGGAAUGUGCAAAUAUUUUCAAGUGGACAAGGCAUGGCAUUUAUAUGAGGAAUCUCAGGAGAAAGGGCUUAUUCUUACAAGUGAUGCCUACAGUUCUCUCUUGAGAGUUGUGAACUUUCUGAAAGAAAGUUUUGAAAUGAAGUGGGCACUAACUGAAGAAUUACUGCAAAAAAUGAAUGAGGCAAAAGUAAAACCAAAUUUAACUACACUUAAUUCUGCCUUACAUUCAGUGAGUACUAUGGGAGGAGGGAAAAAUCAAAAAGACUUGGCAUUGAAAGUUUUGAAGGAAUUCAAGGGUCUUGGUAUUGAACCUUCCUUAGGCUCUUGGUAUUAUAUAUUGAUCACAUUUUGUAAAGAAAGGGGACCUAUAAGCACAGUUUUGCAUGAUAUUAUGCCAGAAAUUGAAAAUAAAGAACAUCACUGUCUGGAUUUGAGUGACACAUAUUUUUUUGUAACUGCCAUGGAUAUUUGUAGGAGUCAAUUGAAUGAUGUGGAGCUUGGAAGAAGAGUUCAUAAAUUAUUGCAUUUUGGAAACAAUUACAAUCUGAUUGGUGAUUCUUACAAGGAGUCUAUUUAUUACCGUCACUAUUUUGGGCUGAUGAUGAAUAACAUGCCAUUUGAAGAAUUCAUGCAGAACAUCUAUAACAUGCUAGUCCCAAAUAUAUAUGUGCCAGAACCAGGAGUGAUGGCUGAAGUUCUGAAACAAGUUGACCUCAAUGGCUCAGUAGAAUAUGUAGCUCAGCUAUGGUCAGAUAUGAUCAUUUUUGAUCAUAUCAAUAGAGAAAAUUUGAUCGAGUCCAUUUUAAACAUCCUCGACAGUAAUAAACCUGAAGCCGAAUCGAAUUUAAUUGAAGUAUUUUCAUGCAUUGCAUGGGAUCUAUUUAAGAGACUGGAAGAUGAAGGAGAUAAUAGAUUCAAUAAGCUUAGGUUGACUGGUGAUCAGUUAGGAAAAGUAAUGAUUCUUCUCCUAUGGAACAAAGAUUUCCAAAAAGCCUGUCUUAUCUUUGAUAAAUUGGAUCAGGAACAACAUACUAUUGUUGGGGUUCCAAAAAUUGAAGCAUUGUCAAUGUUCAUUGAUAGUUGUAUAGAGAACAAGAUGCCGAGUAGAGCCAUUGCAUGUUUACAGUAUUGUUCUGAUAGUGGCUUUCCAGAGGUGGAGGAGUUAGGUGUUAAAAUACAUAAAAGCUUGACAUUAGAUGAAAAUAAUUUAGCCAAAUUGACAAAAAUAGCUGGAAACUUGUCAUAAAUGAUUGUUUUAACAGUGUCUUUUAUACCGUUGUUGUUUAUAAAUAAAAUCGUUUAUUAUAA